GAUAAACUUAUGAAAUCUUAUUUCCUUUCAACAUUCUGGUUUCUGCAGUGAAAGAGAGUGAACUCGAAAUGAAAUAGAUUAAGAAACCGAAACGCAGAAGGCAAUUAUGGAAUCAAGAUUAUCGAUGAUAAUGAUUUUAAGUACCUAGCAUUGGUAGUAGGGGCGGCUAAAAAUGCCGGGGAAGAAAAGAAGGGGAAAUUGAAGUCGAUAAAAAUUGCGCUGGCGACAUUCUUCGCUUUUUCACCACAGUUCUCCGAUUUUGUGUGCACUUCCCUCACUGAGACAGAGAGAGAGAGAGAGGGCAAUGAAGUUACAGUGUCGUGUACUACGGUGCUUUUAAAGGAAGUUGCUUCCGUUCAAUUCAAAACCCUCAGAUUCAUAGUCAACGGUGAGUUAAUGAGCGUUUUCGGGAUCAACGGUUACGUAAAACUCGGUGUUCCCGUGCCCAAUGAAGAAAUGGGCUAGGUUUCACACCGGCCCAUAUCUUCUUGUUAGAAAAUACUAGUAGCAGCAGGCGACGCGUAUUUUCCUAAAUCGGGCUCGAUUAACGGACAUUUAUGAAAAGAGGAUAAUAGUAAAAACUAGGGUUAGGGGUGUUUUUUGCAAUCCGAAAGCGUGAAAGUGGGGAGAGCAAAAGCUACAUUCUUUUUUGCUUCGAUUGAGAUUGGGAUCUCCUUUUUUCCUCACAUCUGCCUUUUCCUUCAAUCGGUUUGUGUGAUUUGCUGAGCAGUGGAGCUAUUGUUUGUGUGAUCCACGGUUUUUCCAAUGAGGAAUUACCCAAUAACUUUUUUUUCAUGGGCACAAAGUUGAGAGUUUGUCCUCUAUACCAAUCCAACACAUGAUCAAUGAUCAAUCUUUAUUGGUCAACCAUUCGAAACAGCAGGUUUUAAUGGAUCUGGAGACUGAGAACAGAAUAGCUGCUAUUCUUAUGAAAGAAGCAGCAGAAUUGCGGCAACGAGCUGAAAGGGAAGGCGUGCAUGUUUACCUUGAACAGCCUAAAGUACGAGCGCGGCCAAAUUCUCGCUUCCUCACUGCAACUGUCCUUGGAGUGCAGCAAACCAAUCGAGCUGUUGAGGUCAAUGAGAUGUGGCGAGUCCGGCAAAAGGAGCUCAAGAUGGAUGAUAGGCUGAGAGAAGGAUCAGGAUAUGAUGAUAACUGCAGCAAGAACUAUGGGGAUGUUGGUGAUACCCCUAGAAGUACAGGCAGAAGGCGUUCUGUAAAUGAGAACAAUACUAGGGUGUCAUCAUCGUCAAGCAAAAGAGCAGGGAGCUCUUAUUCAAGAGAAGAUGAAGGUUUAAGGGAUGAAGAAGUUGAGGAAUUUUUGCACUCGAGGGUUAAGCGAGGUCGAGGUGCAGUAGGUUCGAGGAUGGAUGAAACAGGGCCUUACCUUCCACCUUGUCCAGACUAUGAGGAAAAGCUUUCCAGAAGCCCGGAUGCGAAGCUGCUGGGUGUUGUUUUUAAACCAGAGAAAUAUUUUGCAUCAUCUGAAGAAGAGCUUGGCACGGAAAGGCUUAAAAAGGCAAAGAAGGUUUGUUCAAAGAGUUUGGAUAAGAAGCAUUCCAGGAAGCACAGAUCUAAAGAAAAGUCGAGGGGUAAGAAAAGGAAGAGAAAGGAUGAGAAAAGAAGUAAACACUAUUCUUGUUUGCAGAGUUCGGUAACGCUGACAUGACAUGGCAAUUACAUCUUGGGAAUGAGAAAUUAAGUCCUGGUAAAUUCAAACUA